CGGCGGCAGGAUGGAGUCUGCUCCACGCCACAGCGCGCGUAUGCAGAUCCUAUAAAUUGCCCGCCUUUUCGUCUCCACUCCACUCAUCGACCUCCUCACCUCUCUACCAAAACUGUACCGGCAGAAUUGUACUGCCUUCCCAGACUGAUCGGUGAUCGCCGAUCAGUUUCUGACCUUCUACUUGCACCUUAAACCUGCAACUAUACUACGCUAAUGGAGAAGAUGCGGGCAGCAGGGGAGGCGCCGCCGACGCAGCUGCUGCCUCCGGGGUUUCGGUUCCACCCCACCGACGUGGAGCUGCUGCUGCAGUACCUCCGCCGCAUGGCCCUGGACCGCCCGCUGCCCGCCGCCGUCAUCCCCGUCGUCCACGACGCCGCCAUGCCCGACCCCUGGGACCUCCCCGGCGCGAGCGAGGGGGAAUCGGCUUACUUCUUCAGCCAGAGGCAAGGCCGUGGCGGGCGGCGGAGGAGAGCGACCGGAGGGUACUGGAAGGCCACGGGGAAGGAGAAGCCGGUGUUCGUGCAGCUGCCGGUUGGCAAGCGGCUGCUCGUCGGCGUCAAGACGGCGCUGGCCUUCCACCGCGGCAAGUCGCGCACGGACUGGGUCAUGCACGAGUACCGCCUCGCCGGCGCGGCGGACCAGAACAAGCGUGCCAAUGGCGGCUCGCAGAGCAGCGAAUGGGUCGUGUGCCGGGUGUCUAUGAAAAGCAGAGCAAGGAGGUCGGCAGCGGGCGGCGAGACGACCGGCGAUCACCAGCAGGAGCAGCCAUCACCGUCGCCGUCUUCGACGUCGAGCUGCGUCACGGACCACACUUGUCACGCCCCAGACCAAGAAGAGGUCAGCAGCAGCACUAGCCAUUGCCAGCAGCAUCCGACACGCUAAGCUCCAGCUGCUGCAGACCUGCAGUGCGAUCAUGCCUCCCAAAGAGAGGCCUAGCCAGGCAUUUAAAUUCCAGCCUUCCUUGUAUACCUGUCCUUGUACGUACGGCCGCAGCGCCAUGGUAACCAUGAGAAUUGGGUUGAAGAGAAGAAGAAAUCUCCAUUAAAGCGGCUGCGGCAUCCGCAUCAGCUGUAACUUGCAAGUCUCCCCAAGACACUCAUCAACGAAAGGGAAACCAGCGGCAUACUUCAGUCUGUCCAUUUACGGACCGCCCGACUUUCUGGACUGGCGUUCUGCCGUAUCCUUGAGAGCUCCACCUCCAGCUUCCCCAUCCGGCCUCCCUCCCCCUCGCCGCCGGCGGCCAUGGUGGCCGGCGCUGGGUGGGAUGGAGGUCUGGAUCCUAGGUCUAGUAGUGUGUGAGUGUCUUUCUCUGGCAAAUAAAGUGGAGUUGCGUUUUGGAUCUUGUCUAGGUGGUUGUUCAACUCUCCCUUGGGGCCACGCUGGUGGCGAAAAGGCGGAGGCAAGGAUGAUCCCUGGCAGCGGAUCCUUCGGCGGCUUCCCUCAGCCGGAUCCAUGGCGAAGCUUAGGCCCGUCCGGUUUCGUCCCCACUUCUCCCCCCUUUUCUUGCUGUAAUAAAUCCCAAUAUGGUGUGCCAGAUGCUCUUCUUCCUCGAUCUGUUCUUACCACCAUGGUUGUGGGAAGAGAGAUAGAGCAGCAGGAGAUGUACAUGCCUACCACUUGCAGGAGGCCUCGUUGCUACCUUCCUCCACUUGAUGCCGCCAAGGUGGUGGAUGAAGAGGGGUGGGGAAGCACUGAGCUGAAGAUUGAUGGUCGGGUUCGAGCUCAUCAGCAGAGGAUUCUAUGGUGGAGCUACGGCGCUUGCAGUCGGCUGCCGGUCUUCAUCGACCCUCUGCUUCUUCUGGUCGAAGGGCGGCCAACCCCUUUCCUCCUGGCUUGCAUGCCUUAUGGGAGGCAGUUCCAGUUUUCGUUCAGAGGCUCUGGGAUGCACGUGCUGCACCCAUGGCGAUCUUGUCGCCCCAAGUGGUUCGUCCCCGGCGACGGCGAGGUUCAAUCUGAGCGAAGGCUGCCAAGGACCCGAUUGCGUUUUAAUCUUUCAGUUAGGGGUUCUCCAUGCAAAAGUCUGGGACUUUGUUGUAAUCUUUCUUUUUCUUUCGGUCCUGAUGUAAAGUGUGCUUUGAAGCUUAUCUAAUGUAAGUCUGGCCCUUCGGGGCACUUCCCUGUU